CUUAUCUGAAACAGAGCCUUGGAAUCCUCAAAAUCUGGAAACUUGGAUCCGUACGCAAGUCAAUUCAUUCAGUCUACAGUGUCAGAGAUCGUUGAGGGCCUGACACGGAAUCUAGACGCCAUUCCAGGCAUGUUCGUCGAGGGGCCCCACAGUAGCGGCGGCGGCGGCGGUUCUAAUUUAUAUUCGAAGGGGUAUAGCAUCGAAGUGGAGGUGCAAGUUAUGGCGUCGUGGAACUCAGUUCAGUUAGAGGUUUUGUACCAUGUUUUGGGAUGGAUUGCGUUCGUGUCAUGGUCGAUCAGUUUCUACCCUCAAGUCGUCUUAAAUUUCCGAAGGAAAAGCGUGGUGGGAUUGAAUUUCGAUUUUGUGCUGUUGAAUUUGACGAAGCACUCGUCGUAUCUCAUAUACAACGCUUCCCUCUUCUUCAGUUCCACUGUUCAGAGACAGUAUCGAGAGAAAUUUGGCUUUAAUGAGAUGAUUCCCGUUGCUGCUAAUGAUGUGGCUUUCUCGACUCAUGCUGUGUUAUUGACUGCUUUCACUUUGUUUCAGAUUGCCAUUUAUGAGCGUGGAAACCAGAAAGUGUCCAGAAUUGCCAUUGGAAUUGUAUCUGUGGCCUGGUUGUCUGCAGCAGUUUGUGUCUUCGUUGCUAUACCGCGGCAUUCCUGGUUUUGGCUGGUUGCCAUCUUCAACAACAUUCAGGUUGUCAUGACAGUCAUCAAAUACAUUCCUCAGGCCAUCUCAAACUUCCGGAGAAAAAGUACAGUUGGGUUUAGCAUAGGCAACAUCUUGCUUGAUUUCCUUGGAGGAGUGACAAACUACUGUCAGAUGGCCGUCCAGUCCAUUGACCAACAUUCCUGGGUUAACUUCUACGGAAAUAUUGGGAAGACAAUGAUAUCUUUGGUGUCGAUCUUCUUCGACAUACUAUUUAUCAUACAACACUACAUACUAUAUCCAUCCAAGAAGGUGGCUGUGGCGCAGCCGUUAGUUGAACCUUCUUCUGAUAUCCCUCAAUCAGAGACAGAAGUGAAGGAAUGUGCGAUUGAUUUGAUGCAUUAUAGGGGAAUGCACACAACUUGAAACAUUUGUCGAAGAAAAGAUGUACACAUGAAAAAUGGCUGUGAACAACAGAAACAGCCAGCAGCAGCAAAUGGAAGCAG